AUGACUGAGAUGGGUUUGUCCCCUGAUGGUGUUAGUUACAACACUGUUAUAUCUGGGUUUUGCCGAAUCGAGGAGCUGCGGAAGGCCUAUGAUUUGAUGAGGGAGAUGGACGCCAAGUGCAACUGGUGGCUGGAUAAAGACGUGCACAUAUCACUUAUGGAAGACCUGUCAUAUCUGGAUCCUUAUUCUAGUCUGAUUAAUGGUUAUUUGGCUGAAGGUAACUUUCAAGUGGCUUAUACAUUCUAUUGUGAAAUGUUAAGACUUGGUUAUUCGUCAGAUUUUGAUUCCUAUUGUUUGUUUAUGAAUGGACUUAGUAAGAAAGCUAGGACAAGAGAUGCUAAGGAGUAUCUUCUGUUUAUGAUUUAUGAUCAGUGUUUCAGGAUGCCAUCAUAUGUAACUUAUGAUAUUCUGAUAGAGAACUGCAGUAAUAAUGAAUUUAAGAGUCUUGUAGAGCUUGUCAAAGACUUAAGAAGCAGGGGUUUAAUGAACGAAGCAGCCAAAGCUCAUGACACAAUGCUUGAGGGGAAUUAUAAGCCAGAUGGAGCAGUUUAUAAUUUAUUAAUAUUUGAACAUUGUAGAUGCCUUAAUGUUGAUAAGGCAUACGAUAUGUACAAGGAGAUGAUGCAUUAUGGUUUUGCUCCUCAUAUGUUCUCCCUAAUUGCUCUUAUCAAUGCUCUACAUUAUGUUCAAAUGUACAAUGAGAAGAGUUGGGUAAUUGAAAGCACAUUGAGGAGCUGUAAUCUUAAUGAUUCUGAGCUUCGUAAAGUACUUAAUAAAAUUAACGUCAAGGAACGUAGUAUUUAUCCUCUUUUGGAGGUGCUAGCUGAAAUAGCCAUGGAUGGCCUGUUACUUGAUGGUGGAAAGUGUUCAUAUGCUUCAACGGCCGCUUCAUUCUCACCACCAUUAUCGUCUUCUUGAUUUUUAUCGAGAGAUUGAGGCCAAAGAGUUGUCUCUGGUUGAUUGAGGCCUAGGAGUUGUCUCUGGCAGAUUUAUUGCCAACACCAAAGUUGCUGUGAUGUGCUAGGUAUCCGGCUAUGAUAUCUUAGAACUGGCUAUGAUAUCUGAAAGGUGUUACUGUCAUGAUUGGUUACAAUGUGUGUCUUGGUGGCUCACUGUUAUGUUGGGCAAUUAACUGGCUUUUUUACUGCUCCUCUGGAUAUAUUGUGGCUGCUUGACAGGUGCUGCUGUAGUGUUCUCAUAUAUUAUCUCGAAUGCACUCAUGUUAGAUGUCGGUGGAGAGAGUCCAUGAGCUCUAAUCUUGAUAUUUGUCUAAAUAUAGUGGGGGUGGACAUUGGACAAUAUAUUGGAUUUGGUUAAUAGUGUGGGCUGUUUGAGUUUAAGUGACAAGGGAUUUAAUUUAGGAUCUACUUGUGGUUGUGGGGUUAUAGAGUGUAUUGGUUUUGAUGGUAAUUUAGUGGAAUUAAAUUUAGAAACUAUUCA